AUGUCGGGACGCAAGGAAACAGUGUUGGACCUAGCGAGGCUGGUGGAUAAGGGCGUGUGCGUGAAGCUUAACGGGGGCCGACAAGUGAUGGGCACGUUGAAAGGGUACGACCAGCUGAUCAACCUGGUGCUGGAUGAAGCUGUGGAGUAUGAGCGAGAUCCAGAGGACCCCUUACGUCUGACCGAGCAGACACGACCGCUAGGGCUCAUUGUAUGCAGAGGAACAGCGGGACUUAUUGCCAUGAGUCCCAACGUCGCCACAGCAAUGCAGACGAGCGUUUCAAACGGCAUGGACGGAUCAGACCCUAAAAGCACCGUUGUCCGGCGAGCUGUUUCUCAGCCUGCUCAGGACGAGUAUAAAGAUGAGUUUAGAUACACGCCGGAGGAUGGGAAAGACGAGGCGGAGCUGUCGAAGCUUCUAGAAAAGGAUGGCAUGGAGAUCCGCGAUAUGGUGAAGCCACGGCCGAUGCGUCUAUCGGAUCUCCUCAUCGUCUACUGCUACCACAUGAUUCCGUUCACACUCAUGCCUAUCGUCAACACCAUCCUCAACUACUACCUUGUAUACCAGAUGCUGGGUUGGUGGGGUCCACUUAUAGCAACGGUCGUUCUCUUCAUCCUCGCGGUCUGCCCGCCAUUCUACAAUCGCUCCAUUCGCCGUCGCCUCGUUUUCCUGUACGAGGCUCUGGCGUAUUACAUGAAGCGGGUGCGCUACAUCGCACCCAAGGACCUCAUCCCCGAUAGUGCAUACAUCUUCGCGUUCCAUCCACACGGCCGGAUGUUCUACACCAACACUAUGAUGAUCCAGACCAACUACGAAUGGAGAAAAAACUUCUGCCCCAAAGGGGACUUCUUUGCCGGGGCAGCAGCGGGGUUCUACUCGGUGCCUGUGCUGCGCAACCUGCUGUACCUCCUGGGGACCAUGCCUGCCAGUGAAUCAAACAUCCGCAGGGAGCUGCGGAAGAAGAACCACGUGGCCAUUGUGAUCGGGGGCCUAAAGGAGGUGUGCCUUGGCACAACUUCCCACACCGACAAGCUCUAUUUGAUGAGGAGGAAGGGGUUUGCGCGCAUAGCAGUGCAGGAGAAGGUGGGAGUCAUUCCCAUCUACUGCUUCAAUGAGAACCAGCUCUUCAAGCACGACCCAGUGUGGUUCCUUCAGUUCUGGGAGAAGGUGAACCGCCACGUCAACAUUGGAGUGCCCUUCAUGCGUGGGGCCUGGAACCUCACCCUGCCCUUCAGACGGGAUCUCUUGGUGGUUGUGGGCAAGCCACUUUUCCCCGAGGAGGGAGAGUCAGUGGACGAUUUUCAUGCUCGCUACGUCACUGCUAUCACUCAACUCUUCCAUAAAUAUAGGAGAAGCGUACCGAUCGCGGCGGCGGGAGGAGGAGCGGGUUUGGCGGGGGAGCAGGGGCAGGGUCAGGAAAGGGGCGAAGGAGGACCGUCCGAUUUCCCUCUGGUGCCGGCGGGCAGGAUGAUGGUUCCCGUGAUGAAGAAAGGCUACGGCGCGUUUGGCGGGGCCACUCUGGAGAAGUCGAAGCUCGACCUCUCAUUCUCCACCGCCAAAACCGGCGCGCAGAUUGAGCUCGGGGGAGGCGGCGGCAACAUCGUGGUGGAGGAGCAGGAGGUGUUUGACCGCGCGUCCGUGCAGGCCGUGUUGGAGGAGUGGUUUCGAACCAUGGCGGACCUGCCUGCUGGAAUACGAAGGGCUGUUGAGCUGAACGGGGAGGUGUUUGACCGCGCGUCCGUGCAGGCGGUGCUGGAGGAGUGGUUUCGAACCAUGGCGGACCUGCCUGCUGGGAUUCGGCGGGCUGUGGAGCCGGGCUUGGUGAGUUCAGCGCAGGUGGCGCGGCUGAUGAGCAUGGACGCACGACCCACCAUUGCCAGACUCGUCUCCCGCCUCGCCCCUCCUGACCUCUCCCGCGCCUUCAUUGGCAGAAUGAUGGCAGACCCAGCCUUCCUCUUCAAGCUCGCACUCGAGCAAGCAGCCGCCGUCGCCACGGCAGUACGUUGGGAGGUGCAGCAGCGGCGCGGGCAGCAGAACGGGCAGCAGAACGGGCAGGACGGGCAGGGCGUGAAGUCAAAACUUGUCCAAGAAUGGCCCCUGGCCCUUACCAACGUCCUCACUCUCUCCCUCUGCAACCUCGCACUCGUAUGGUGCCUCUCCCCCUCUCGAUCCUACGGCUCUACUGCCACCAAUGAGUUGCAGAUGGCGCUGCAAAAACUGCCCAAUAAUGUUUUCGAUCGCAGCUACGCGCUCCGGGAAUUUAAGCUGCCCGAGCGGGUGGGAAGUUUCUUCUUCAACGCUGCCCGGCUGAGCUUGAUUGGCUCAGCAGUGGGUGCUGCUGGUGGGGCAGCUUCAAAUACUAUACUGAAAGUGAUGCAAGGGAGGAAGAAAGCAGCAGCAGGAGCGUCACAAGAGAAAGAGGGAGCAUCUUCCGGAGGGAGUGGGGAGGCGGAUCAGUAUCAACCAUCUGUAGCGGUGCCAUCGCCAGCAAAGUCGGCUGUAGCAUUCGGUGCUUUCACGGGACUCUCCGGGAACCUUCGGUACCAGCUGCUGUAUGGGGCGGACAGGGUGUUACAGGAGCAUUUCAACCAUAUCCCUGUGGCCAUCCUCGGCACCACUGCCCUGAGGGUCGGCAACAUACUGCUGGGGGAGCCAUCGCGCCUCUCCUGGCUCGGGCUGGACAGCGAAUCUGUGCAGCAGGCACAGGCAGAGCACCGAGCCUACCACCGACCCUCGCUCGCAGGCUCGGGGAAGAGGCUCGGCAAUGGAGGGGGGAAGGCAGGGGCUUACCAAAUGGUUUGGAGGAAGGUGAAGCAGAGGUUUUCUGUGGAGCGGUAA